AUGACAGAAGAAAUAAAUGAUAUUAGAUCUGAAUUAAACGAAGAUGAAUUUGAAAAGUUAGAAAAUUUACUUGAAGAUGUUGCCAGUAAAAAUAAUUUGAGUGUUUUGAAUGUUAAACACAUUCUAAAAUGUCUUAUAACUGAUGAUAAAGUGAAAAAGUUUUUAAAAAAAUAUAUUAAUGAAGAUGAAGAAUGUACCUCUGAUAAUUAUUUCUCAAAUUUAACAAUUCACAUUGAAAAAUCUGAAUAUAAAAAUAAAAUUUUAAAUAUUGUCAAGCAUAUUUGUGAUAGUGAUUUUCAGCCCAGAAUAACAAGAUUAAAAAUGAGGGAAUUAAAAAAUAAAGGAGCACUCUGCUCUUCUAUGUGGCCCAUUUCACCACCAAAUUUACAUAAACCUGUUGUUAUACCACAUUAUCAAAAUGAAAUUAAUAAUCAUAACACUCUAAAUGAAAAUAAAGAUAAUGUUGAUGUCAUUAAAUUUGGGGAUGUUGACUAUCCAUCUGAAGAUGAAAGUGAUAUAGAUUUCCACUGUGAAAAAACUAUGUUUGAUGAUAUAUUGAAUAUUGACAAAAUUACUAAACAUGCUAUAGUGGAGACUGAGAAAAUAGAGACUAAUGAUGAGAAUAUUAUUAUGAAUAAUUCUAUCGUAACAGCCAAAGGAUUUGCUGAUUCUGAUUGGUCUGAAUACUCUGAUCAAUCGCAUGAAGCCAUAACAGAUGAUUAUGAUAAUAUGAUUGAAGAAUUGUUUAUCCAGGAUGUUAAAGUUGAUCAAAAUCUACCACCUAAGAGAAGAACUUCCAACAAAUAUCGCACCUCUCAAAUUGAUGCCAUUAAUACAUCGACGGAAACUGUAGUCGGCAUGUCGCUUGACCAAACCAUGGUCUCAAAAACAAGCAAUUCAAUAACCGAAUUGAUUGGUCUUGAAGGAAAUAGUAUCAACAAAUCGGCGGACACCACAUUGUUAGAGAACAGCGAAGUUAGCAAGUUCUUCAGUAACUUUGGUCAUGAGUUGUCCUGCGAAAGUAGUGAUAGAAACGAGGAAAGGGCAGAUGAAGAUUACGAUCUUAUUGCAGAACUGGAAGAUUACAUGGAGGAUCCGGAAGAAACGAGGAACGAUAGAACUACGGUAGUUUCAAGGAAAGAGCUCAACAGGCUCUGGAACGAGUUAUUCCAAGAUGUCGACGCCGUCCUUACAAAAAAAGAUGGAGCCGUUCAAUCAUCGUUGGCGGAAGUGAAUAAUCAAUUAACAACAGAUCUAUCUGUCGAAAAUAGUAAGGCCGAAAAACCAGUGUAUACAUUGAACGAGAUUGAAAUCAGUCAAUUGAAAGAUCAGAUGAGAAAACACGUUCAAUUGCUGACUCAAACUUACCUACUGAGCUGUGAAAGUCAAUGUAUUUACCCGAUCAAGGAAGUGGCGAGAACAUUCAUAAAAGAAUUGGAUAAAUUUUCCAAGGCUUCAUUGGUCACCGAGUCGAAUUCUUUGUUUAACCCGAUUAAUCUGCAUCAUGCCAUGGAAAUUAUCAAGACAGAUUCUGAUAGAGUUGCGAUUAAAUAUCACCAGCCCAAGGACCAAAGUGAUUCAAACAGAAGGAAGAAACCGAUCAGUCUGGAAACGAUGCAGGAAAUGGCCCAUUGCCAAGCUCUUAUAUAUCCUGAACUAUUGCCUACCAUUGCCUUCAAAAAACAGACAUUGGAUCUUUCUAAAAGUUAUUUUUGCUUUUUAAGCAAAGUGGAUCACAAGUAUUUCGACGUUUUCAAGAUGAAGACAAAUAAGCUGAAGAGGUUCAAAGAUUCCGAAGUAUCAUAUAGUUCUCAGCACGAUAUGCGCGCGGUUAUAGCCCCAUCUAGAACCAAGUUUUUAGGUUGCGAGGAAACUCUCUUGACCCUGGCCUUAAGUUAUUGGGUCAAGCCCAUCACUUGCCCCGAUGAUUCCAUAGGUGACUCGAAAAUUUCGAAAGAUGACGUUAUAGCCAUCACGGGAAAUGAAAUUACAGUCGAACGUAUGCAGUUUAUCGAAAGCAUAGUGCCGAUCACUCAUCGUAAUAAAAAUACCGAUUCCCCAAGCUCCACCAUAUCCAACUCCAAUGACGAUGCCUAUGGAAAUUCCGGCAAAUGUCACUGGAACCGAUAUUACCAGGCAAUUCACGAUUUGGUGAUGCCAUGCAAAUCUUGCCGAAGCAUAUUGGGCAGAGUUGAGAGAGAGGCCAAGACUUUAUUGGAAAAAUUUAGGAAUAUUCAGAAAAAUGGGAAAGUCGUACUCGAUAACGAAUUUAUGAGAGCCGGGGGUCCUAUAAGAAUUUAUUUGCUUACUGGUAGGAUUCCUAACAUAACUCGGUAUGUGUAUAACAUCGAUCCAUCUUUACUCUCUAAUCCGUGGGGCAUGUUGGAACGGGAGGACAUCAGAUGCCUUUGUAAACCAUAUUUACCUAAAUGGUUGAUCAAAUAUUAUGGCGAUUUCCAAAAGGUAAAUACGCUACUUGAUGAUAGUGUUAAAAGCGAGAUUGCUUUAACAUCCGUCAGGAAUUACGAAGAUUUGCAAUUCUCUUUCACCAUGAAGGAAGGGGAUAAACUCUUAACUCUCGAUGUUAAGAGUAAUAAACCAGAAACGGAAGAAUUCGAUCGAACCACUGAGAAAAAUGGUCCAAUCACGAAUUUCGGUUAUGGUACCAUUUUGGGUGACGAUAGUCAUAUGAGCGAACAUAGCAAAAACGCGAGUUUCGAAAAAACGGGCCGAAAUAAUGUAAAUUAUGUUGACCCUCGUGACCAGGAAAAUGAGCCAUCGUCAGCGAUAAUACCCGGCGGCCUUAACAAGCGUCAACUCGGAUUGUGCAGGUCUAUACGACUCAAGUACAAGCGAUUUAGAUCGUCUCGCUUCCUUAAUAGACCCGAUUUCAUCGAAAGUGACGAUAAUACGGAUCAUCCUGAUCAAAUAACGUCGGAUAACUUGAGCGAGAAAACCAAUACCGCCAUGACUCGGGACAAAAAUGAGAUUGGUAUUGAAGAAUCGUGUGUGAUAGCGGAGGUUGAGGGCCACCGAUUGGCCAAUAAUGAGUUACCCAGACAAUUGCGGAGUCGUAAAAUCGAACACCUAAUAACGGAUUCCAUCAAAUCUUCAAAUAUACCCUCGACCAAGAUCCUUUCCUCUAAUAUUCGCCGGAGAUUUAAUGAAAAUUCGCGUCAAAGCAUGGCCAAAGAUUCUACCAGGACCACCAAACGCAAUCUCGAUUUCGUCAGUUGUAAAAAGGGCCCCACUUCCGAUUUGGACCAGCUUUUCAAGGCCUCCAGCACGGUCGGAUUUUUGCCCAAAGGUUUGAGCGGCGUCAAAUUCAGGAGACUCAACAGAACGAGGAAAGAACUGGAACAAACAUUAUCAUUGCUAAGCCAGGAGAACAUGACUCAUCAAGAUACCAUCAAUAAAAGAGACAAUGAAAUGGCGAUAGCCAGAUGUUUCCUGAGUCAAGCCAAAAAAAAUUUGAGUCCAGAGGUAUAUAAAGUCUUCCUCGACGCUAUAAUAUCCAACCCGAAUGUAAACGAUCUACCUAGCUAUUUGGAGCUUUACAACAAAAUGUCUACCAUCCUGAAAGAUAAACCAGACCUGCUUUCUAUAUUCGCCAUUUUUAUUCCUCUUGAGACCUUUUUCAGGGAAGAUCAAAACUGCCUUCCCAAAAAUACAAACGAGUGUGACGCAAUGUAUCAUAAUUUGACCUUUGAUAAAAUUCGAACAUUCUUAAGGAGAUUGGAGGUAUACCUAAUCAAAACUCCUAAUUAUUACAGAAAAAUCAUCCGGAGAUUAAACUUGUGGAGACUAUCUUCCGGUACCCUAAAAGAGCUUCACAGUAUUUUAUCCGCGAGUUGUAAAUCCAACAAUUUCCUCAGUCAGAGCUUUAAUAAGAUAUUCUACGAUUUUCCGCUUCCAUUAUCACAUUUUAAUCUCGAAGAUUUCGAAGAAAUCGAUUUGACCUCUCUUAAGAAACCUAGUCUUCCCCUUAAAAAUGACCAAAUUCUCGUAGCGUUUAACCCCGAAAACAUGGAUGAUCGGGAUUGCGAUACAAAUCCACAAUGCUACGAUUCGGACCCCGAUUUUGAAACUAUAUCCAUUGUGAGACUCCCCGCUAAAACUGGCACCAAGCGACGUAUCCCCCAAUCGAAAAGACCUUCCAAUCGCUCCAGUAACCUUCCUUAUAAAUUUAAUACGGGCGUGAGUAUCGCUAAAAGGAACGCUGACAUUGAUUGCGACAAUAAUCGAAAAGAAGUUGGGAGCGGAAAAACCAAUCCAGCGGACAAUAAAAUGGCAUCCAAAGCAAAGAUCCUAAAACUUUCCUCUCUUAAAUCAUCUUUCGGCACUGAAAAAAUUGGCGGCGACGACGACCGUAAGAUUAGAAUCUAUCCUCUUCAAGGUGGUGUCAGCCGUCCUUACACCCAGGAUUCUUCCUCUCUCGCAAAAUCUCCCGACUCGUCUUUGCCCAAAGUUAUUAAAGUUGAUUUAAGUGGCCUGAAGCCUAGCGUGAAGCGAACUCCGAAAGAGGACGCUGGCGUCAAAAUAAAUAUUUACUCGCCUCGAGUACUCAACGAUCAAAAAACAGUAAACCACCAGUUUUUGAACUUGGAGAAUACUAACAAAACCCGCGAUCUAUCAAAUCUUCCUCCCAACCCUGGGAUCAAUCCGAUUGCUUCCAACUUUCAGAUGGAAUAUUCAAAAUUUAAAGAGAAUACGAUGGAUCUCGAAGAUAGCUACGAUCCAUUUUGUUCAAACCAAAAGUCCAUUUUAAAAUUCAAAUUUGCCGCUCCUUAUUGUGAUUACGAAAAAUUGGGUAUUACACAAAAUUUUAAUCAAACUAAACCUGACCAUCACCACAUCGGAUCUCAUCAAAUUCACGGAAAGAAGGAAAGCGCUGCGGACCUAUCAUUGGUAUGGACGAAAGAGAUGGAUAAAUUUCUAUUGUUGCAAUACAAACACUUUCGAGCUAGCGAAAUUGUCGGGAAAAGUGUGCAAAAUCAUACGUCCCAUACGAAUUUUUACCAGACUUUAGCUCAAGCAUUUUCUCGAGAAUUCCAUGUCACGUUAAAAUCUCAUCAAAUAGAUGACAGGAUUAAACAUUUGGCAGAUUUACUCGCAAAUUUUUGAUUUUAAAACAAAAAAUACUUACAUAAUAUAUUUUAAAUUUAUUAAAACUUUUUAU